UCAAAAAUCUAUCAAACCCACCAAACUCUCGUGAGGUCCAUUUUGGGAACAAAAAAAAAAAUCGAAGAGAAAAUUUUCCAUUCUUCCCAAAAAGGGCCUGCUUCUUUCUCAACGGGAAGAUGCAGAGACUAUUCCCCCGCAAGCUCUCGUCUUCUCUCUCCCAAGCUCGAUCCUUCUCUCAACUCGCCCACGCCGAUGUUUCCCAAACUACGCCUGCUCUUCCCAAAAUGCCCCCGUUCGAUUACUCUCCGCCGCCGUACGAAGGGCCGAGGGCCGAUGAGAUUCUGAAGAAGCGGUCGCAGUAUUUGAGCCCGUCUAUGUUUUACUUCUAUAAGCAGCCUUUGAACAUUGUUGAUGGAAAGAAGCAGUACUUGUUUGAUGAAGAUGGACGACGGUAUCUCGAUGCUUUCGGUGGUAUUGCUACUGUUUGUUGUGGACACUGUCACCCAGAAGUUAUUGAAGCCACAAUUAAUCAGACAAAACGCCUGCAGCAUUCUACUGUUGUAUACUUGAACCAUGCAAUUGCUGAUUUUGCUGAGGCAUUAGCCUCCAAAUGUCCUGGUGAUCUCAAGGUUGUCUUCUUCACUAAUUCUGGUACAGAAGCUAAUGAGCUGGCUUUGAUGAUUGCUCGGCUCCACACUGGCUGUCAUGAUAUUAUUUCAAUAAGAAAUUCAUACCAUGGUAAUGCAGCGGGAACAAUGGGUGCAACUGCUCAGUGUAACUGGAAAUUUAAUGUCAUACAGAGUGGAGUGCACCAUGCACUGAACCCAGACCAAUAUAGAGGAGUUUUUGGUUCAGAUGGUGAAAAAUACGCCAUAGAUGUUCAAGAAAUCAUUGACUAUGGUACUUCAGGACGAGUAGCCGGCUUCAUUUCUGAAGCCAUACAGGGAGUGGGUGGAAUUUCGGAAUUGGCUCCAGGUUACUUGCCUGCAGUAUAUAAAAGUAUAAAGAAAGCUGGCGGUCUCUGUAUAGCUGAUGAGGUGCAGGCAGGAUUUGCUCGCACUGGAAGCCAUUUUUGGGGAUUUGAGGCCCAUGGUGUUAUACCUGACAUUGUGACAAUGGCAAAGGGUAUUGGUAAUGGGACACCUCUUGGCGCUGUUGUUACCACUCCGGAGAUUGCUCAAGUUUUGACUCGGCGAAGCUACUUCAAUACCUUUGGGGGGAAUCCUGUCUGUACUGCAACAGGCCAUGCUGUUCUUAAAGUAAUUGAGAAGGAGAAGCUUCAAGAGAAUGCAUUUAUCGUGGGUUCUUAUUUAAAAGGUCGACUGAAAGCCCUCCAAGAAAAGCAUGAAAUUAUCGGUGAUGUGAGGGGAAGAGGUCUGAUGCUUGGAGUUGAGAUGGUUAAUGACCGCGAGAAGAAAACUCCAGCAAAAGUUGAAAUCCUGCAUGUUAUGGAGCAGAUGAAAGACAUGGGUGUGUUGGUUGGAAAAGGCGGACAUUUUGGGAAUGUUUUCAGAAUAACACCACCUCUUUGUUUCACAAAGGCUGAUUCUGAUUUCUUGGUAGAUGCGAUGGAUAUUGCUAUGUCAAAGCUGUGAAGGCAUUGAAAUGGAUCUCGCAUAUGUGCAAUAUAUAUUGGGCUUGGAGUUAUUUGUGAUAACAGAGAGAUCUGAGCCAUCAUCUCGUUGUCUCUGUCUCUCUUUUAGUUCUAUGGAUAAAUAAAUGUGCAUCUGUUUGGCACUGUUAUAUUAGAAUAAAGACUGUUUUUAUCGAGCAUUUAUCAAGAAAAAAACGAUGACGGUCAUCUUAUUAUUUUUUCUCGAGUUGAGUUACUAACUUACGAUCUGCUAUU